AUGCCGCCAGAGCUUGGCGGGGUCGGGCAUCCAUGUGCUGGUGGAGGCGUGAACAGUAGUAACGCCGUUACCACCCCGUUGACAACCACGUCGUCUGCCGAGGGACUGAGACUGAAGGACGGCUCUGUCGGUCAAGAAAAACCGUCCACUUCGGCCUCGACCUCGUCGUCGUCGGUGGCGGGUCUAGCCUCGACCGGCACUCCUGUGUCAUCAUUAUCACCAUCAUCAUCAUCAACGACGGCAGCCGUCUCAUCCCGCUACGCUAGCAUUUACAUCUCACCGCACAAGGCUGAGGCAAAAUUGUGCUUUGAUGACGUGGAUGAUAGCGGCAAUUCUAGUGAUAACUCGCUACCCCGCUCCACAGAUUCAGGUGGUAAAGAAGCGUCGCCUUACUCGAGCCAUUACGGUAGUCAUGGAGCUGAAGGUAUAUAUGAAAACCCGACAGCAUUUCUUAGUCCUUCACUGCCCUCAAUAUCUACAUCACAACAGCAAUUAGAUGGUUCGGGUGAUGAAGCUAUUGGUGGUGGUCCGGGAACAUCCCCACACCGGAAAUUCCCAUCACCAUCUAGCUCUUGGUCACCUUCGAAAGGGGCUCCGUUUCGACCACAUCCACCUCCUAGAGGUGCUUAUUCUUCGUCGGACGGAGAAGCGAAUAAAGGAAUAGGCGCGGGAACGCCUCUCCCGCCUCCACCGUUCCUACCCCACAUGGAAGUUCCGUAG